ACGACUGCACGAACGAUAACCGGCACCCCGACAGUCGUCUGCGUAACGCUGUCGCGCGUCGUCGUCCGUAGUGUUCUGCGCGCCGUCCCAUUCGUCACCUGUACCGCGGUCGCGAUAAUUUACCGUCGAUAAUAUUGUACCGCGUCUCUCUCCGCCGUAUCUGCAGGCCAAUUUUGAAACUUCCGUGAUGGCCGAAUGCUUGCCCGGCACCCUGGACAUGAACGGAUUGCCCAUUACGCGCGUCCAGCUCACCGCACCGCCGCUGAGCCGAAUUGUCGAAGGUGAGUGCCAGAGAACGUUUUAAUAGGUAUUGGUUUUUGGUGACGGGAAUUUCUGUGACUUGUGACGAUACCGUUCGGUACAGUCACAAAAAAGUAGUAACGAGUCCAGACAACGCUCGUUAUGGAAAAAGAGUUUAGCGGCCAAUGUGGGGGUUUUUUUUUUUCAACGUUACAAAAAUAAUAGCGCGAAAAACAAAUUUGCAAAAAUCGUACGUUUUUGAGUUGAAAGGUUAUAACGUUCCUAUUACAAACGAUACAAAGAUACAGGUUAUAUAAUAUGCAACUGUGUUAUCAUCUACGUGUCAUUGUAGUCUAGCGGUAACGAUCGUCUUAUGUAAUCUCGAGGACCCGAGUUCGAAACUGACGACCGGGGCGAUCCCAUAGUUUUUUGCAGUUUUUUUUUAUCUACCCAACUAAUUUCUAAACUCCCAAUUUAUCAAUUUGACAAAGUAUUGCAUUUUUUCAAUAUAUUUUCGCUGUUAUAAACAAGUUUAGGUAAUCUUCAACCGAGGAUCUCUGUUGUGCGAUCCCUAUUUCACUUUGAGCGUUCCAUGCCAAUGUUCGGGAAAUCAACGAAUCGUCUAGGAAAAGGUUAUUUAUUAUUUUGUCAAGCCGAAAAAAUAUUUCGCGCUUUGCACGAACGCUGAACUUGUCUUCUUUACAAUUAUCAAUAAUGAAUAUAAUACGCGGCGAUCAGUUAGUCUGUUAGUGCGUCACGCACUUCUUAUCAAACUGUUAUCAGUAAUAGGUAAUUUGAUUGUUUGGAUCCUAACAACUUAAUUGUACAAUUAAAAACGCGCUUAACAUAUUUUUGAACACUCAUAUUGUAUUAAAACGCGAGUAUUUACAUAUAUGUAGGUCAUCAGUAACGACAUCAGUGUAGACAUUGACUUCUUUUCUAAUUCGAACUAGAUAUACGUCUACCGAUAGAUAAGUAUGUUGAGUUUAUAAUAUAUUACGUAAGUAAAUUAAUAAUCCCAUAAAUAGAUUGCGUGUCAGUCAAAAUACAUUUUAGUAUUGAAAUGUUUGAUGUCCGUCAAUCCGUCAAUUUACGAGAUAUUUCACUUUUAAACAUGGCUUGUUAAUAGUGCACCACUACUCUCCUCUAACGCAUAUUUAAAAGUGGAAUAUCUCGACAAACAGCUUUACAGAAAUCAAAAAUGUCAACACUGAAAUUCAUCUUAACUAAUACUCCGUAUAUCUACGGACUUCUUAAUAAAAGGUUGCCAUUAAAAAAUCAAAAUACGUAGCGGUUUUACCUCCAAAAAAAUAACAUGCAUAUACAAUUCUGGAGCAGCUUGUUUUGUAAAACGCUCUAGAAAACAAAUUCCGGAAAAAAUUAAUACUUUCGGAGAUGAUGAGCGUGCCCGCUUAAAUGAAUCGCCUAAUGCACGAAUACAUUAUGAUCAUAGACGUAUUAUACAUCUAGAUUCUUGACGGAACAUUCAGCACGAAAACGCGUUCUGGCGGUGAUACAGUUUCAUUUCGAGUACAGAAAGACGUGUGACAAUAAACGGAGUGUUUUAGUUGGCUAUCGUUGGAGAGCAAAAGGUUGUUCCCGGUUUUUUUUUUUUUUUUUUUUUUUUUUAUUUAUUUAUUUCCCGGCGUUUUAAUAUUAUACGGACUUUUCGACGAAACGAGAUUGAAUAAUUUAACACGUCUCUAUAUAAUAAUACGUGUCUCCCGAUAGAUAAAAAAAAAAUUGAAUAUUAACAACGGGAAAAUACUAUGGACAUCCGCUGUAUUAUGUAGUUCGUAAUAUAAACGUAUCAUACUUAUCUAUUGGUAGCUAGUUCGAAUUAGAAAAGAAGUCAAUGUCUACACUGAUGUUGUUUAUGGGAGUUGUUUUUUUUUUUUUUUACAAUUCAGCGUAACAGCUAAAGCACAACGAUGCUUAUAUAUGAAAUAAUGAAUACCGUUAUGUAUAUAAUAUACGGUUCUGUCAACCGAACAUAAUUGCAGCUCGCGACUAAAAACAAUUACUCAGUAAACGUAUUUUAUCAGAAAUUUUUUCUCGUAAGUCGUAUUUUGUUUAUUAUAUUGACUAUUGUACAUACUGUCCUAUUUUUAUCGUGUCUAAUUAUCGUGCGUAUACGAACAUUAUUAUAAUAAUGCUCGUAUAGUUGAAUUUUGUUUCUUUCGUUUUAAUAAUUUACCGCGUGAUGGCUAAACAACAAAUACCUACCUAGAGGUCAGUCCGGCCCUAUGAAACUGGGAUGGAAACCAGGCUUGAUCGUUAAAACAAUUUGUUUACCCGACGAGACCAAUUCGUAAAAUAUAUUUUUUAUCCCAGACCAAUUUAAACCAGGCUCGCAGAGUUUUCAAAAGCUCGGAUCAAUUCAGCUUGUAUUAUACAUUUUAAAAAAAAAAUCUAUCUGGACCAUAAAUUAUUAAUAAAAACAAACACGGUCAUUUAUGAACAUUUUCACCGGUAUUUAUUGAUUUCUGAAUUGAUUGAUAAAAAAAAAAAGAAGAAAUACUUUUUUUCUAAUUUGUUGUAACUCGUAACCCAGACCGAACCGGACUAAGACCUAACCUUACCACAUCAGUGUUUAACAACCUAUUAUGAUUGGAUCAAAUCCAACUGAUUACAUUACCAGACCCGAAUCAUAACCGAGAUUAUAUAAAGAAUUUUGACCGGAUCAGACUGAGUCCGAAAUCCGGUCCCAUCCGGGUUGAAAUGGAACCUAGUUAAUCUCUGGUACCUACCUACCCAUAUUUUUGUCAGGAAGUACCCGGCUAAACACGACUAAAAACAAACUAAAUUGAAAAAUGUUCAGCUUCGAUGUUUUCGUUGUCUAUAAUUUGUUUUAUAAUUAAAAAUAACAUAUAUAAUUAUACCUAUAUCUGUAAUACAUACAUCUGUAAUAAUUAUAUACAUGUACAAUUUUUAUGAAACAUUUUAAAUUUGUGUAACAUACGUCUGAGGUAACCUUAGAUAGUGAAGACUAUCUUUGUAAUCUAUCUAUCAGAUACAUAAAAAGAAAACAUCAACAUUUAAUAAUUCUACGAAACGUGAGAGUUUUCCCAGUGAGGCAUAUUUUUUUUAUAAGAAAUUCGACAUUUCGCAAAAAUAUUAUGUACCUAUAUAAAAUCUCAACUUAUGAUGUUUAAAACAUUAACAAAUUAUUGAAAAUCAAUUUUAGAUAUUAGAUAUUUUGUGAAAUAUAGAAUAUCAUACGGCGCACGGGGUACUAGGACAAAGACUAGAUCUCUCCUCCCAGGGAUGUACCUUCUUAACCCAAAUUAUUAACUUCAGAUUUUGGGAGGAAAGGCGAGGAGAAGCGAGUUUAUUAUGUACUACAGAGUUAUUCUUUUAUCCAGCUACUUUCUCGGAUCAUUCUAUAAGUAGAUUUGAUUUCUGUUUUUUAAAAUUAUUAUACGGAAUUAUUUAAGGUUUAUUUUAAAACUAUUUUCAAUUUUUACCCUUAAUUCUUAAAGCUACUUUAAAUUAGUGUUAACUUUUGACUUUCAAGUUUUUGCCCUUUUUUUUCCACAAGAAAUCGAACAAUAUUUUUCUAUAAAUUGUUGAUUUGGAUUUACUGUUUGAUUUUUAUAACUGUUUAGAAUUUAGAUCGGAGGAGUAGAGGAGGAUAAUAAAUUGAUCAUUAUAAAAAUAAUCACUGUAUUGUUAUUUUUACCGAAAAAUAUUCUUAUACAAUACUAAUUAUAACUUAAUUAGCAACGAAAUAAUUUGCGGGAUUUUGAUUUCAGCAUUACUACCGGAGUUAUCGAACAAUUUUGAAACUGUGAUCGUGGAAGCAGUGCCGUGUCCUGAUUUGACUCAAUCACCUUUCAAUUUGGCCGCCGAAGGUAAACUAUAUGCUAAAAUAAAUUAUUACAGUAGUAAAAGCAAAGCAAGUUUAAAAAAAAAGCCGAUACUACUAAUGGAUGCGUCACCGUUGUAGACGGGAAUUAGGGAAGGUGCCUACUUUAAUUUGUAUCUGUACGCAACGCUUAAUUUUUUCGAAUAAAAAACGAUUCUGAAUGAAGUUCGGUUAGACAUCUGAUAAGAAAAGCCAAAAUAAUUUUGUCUAUAUAAAACCAAAUAAAAUUUUUAACUGAAUAAAAAGAAAUUGAAAAUAACAGAAAUUUAACAAUACGAAAUUUAUCCUCUUUUUUUCCCCCGUUAAGGAACAUCAAAAAAAAAUAACUCCCUUGUUGCACUAUUAAGAUUCAAAAUAAUAUAAAAAAAUCUCUCUUAUCGUUUUUGAUUGAAGUAAGAUUUCUGGUAGAAAAGCUGUUUACAGAUAGUAAAUAUAAAACAUUUAAAAAAAAAAAAAUAAGCACACAUAGUAAAACCAAAUAACAAGAAGGUAAUACUAGUGAUUUAUAUAAUAGAAAUAUUCCGUCUGCAUAAGUUCGUUAAGUUUGGAUUUUUUGAAUAUGUGUUGUGUACGUAUGGGUAGCAAAUGAUUUUAUAUUGGUCCUUACUAUUAUCUAUUAUGAAUAUAGGAUUAAGCGGCGACGAGACCGUGAUCGACGUCGGCAGUCCUUCGUAUCUGCUGCCUCUGGUCGAUCGGAACAAGUUGUACGACAUGGGAGAUCUAAAACGAGUCACCGGAUCUGAUCCUAUGUUCGCGGUCGGAGCUGGCGCCGGCCCGUGGCCACACAUUGGCGUCAACUGUGAAGUAAGUAUAGUAGUGCAGACGUAUAGAUAAGGUAUAUGUAUAUAUAUAUAUAGGAUUACUAAUGUUCUUAGUUUUAUUAUUUUUACUAUAGAUAAUCGGUAUAAUAGGAAGGGCGUUCGAGGGCUUAGUCCACCCUGAGCCAUCUCAAGCCGUGAAUUAAUACGUUGACUUAUCAUAUUUGUUUACUCUAAAAUAAAAAGUUUCUAAAGUUGUCUAUAUCGACCAUCAGGGAUCGACUCUGAUUUGUUGACUUGCAAGGGGUUCGUGUGAGCGAAAAAAAAACCGGGGUGUAUGAAAUGUAAAUAUGAAUCAAUAAUAGUUUAAGCUUCAGAGAAACGCCUGUUAUAAGUAUUAUUUCUGGAUUAUGGACUAUCGCAAGAAAGUUUUUGAUAGUUAGCUUUUUCUUUUUCAUAUACCAUGAAAAAAGAAUUCCAAGUACAGUUACCAAUUUUACCAAGAAGAAACAGAUUGGAAAUCAUUGGUAGAGAAGAUUUAAGGUUAAACCUGAAUAACUUGUAGUCAAAUAUCACAAUUUUUUUUCUCAAUAAAACACCAGGCUUAUAUCUAUGUUUAAAAAUUUUGAUUUAUGUAAGAAAGUUAUAUUAUUUAAUUUGGAUUUUCUGUCAUUUUAAUAAUUAAACGAAUUUAAUAAAUAAUUUAAAUUGAAUUAAUAAAGGUACGAAUAUAAGCAAAUGUAAAAAUAAUAUUCUUUCCACAGUAUAACUCUAUUAAGGUGAUUCUCAGCGUCAGCUUUCAAAAGCACGUUUGAAAAACGUAAAAAUAUAUCAAUAGAAGGUAUAGGAAAAAUCGGCUCGUGAUUUACGAAACAAACAAAUUUGGGAACCUUUAAAGCUUUAAAAUCUUAUUGGGCUCGAGCCCUAUGUAUUUUCAGACUCAUUAAAGUCAAUAAUAUUCGGCCGCUAAACAGAACGGUUUAGGACCAUAUUGUAACCGUUCUUCCGGCGUUCCCAAUCCAAUUUAUGUAAUAUUUUAUGCUUAUAAUCGUCCCUUGUUCUCUAUCGUAUACGCCGCGAUUUUCCAAACAGUCUUUUUCACGCAUAAACCACGCGAACCACGCUCGUUGUACGAACGGAUUUCGGCUGCGUCAAACGUGUCCAGCUCAAUUUAUAGUAUUUUUAAGAAACAUACACCUUAUCAAUAUCAUAUAGUCACUAAAAUAUUAUAUUAUUUGAUUUCUGGAAAUUAGUGUCUAUGAUAAUGUUUAAUCGAACUUUACUCAAAUUUGUUUUUCAUUAGCAAUGAUUUACCAUUUCGUGCAGAUAUAUAUAAAAUAGCUUUAUGUUUCCUACCUUCACAUUUUCAACAGUGACACACCCGUUAACAAAAUAACUUCAUUUUUUUUUUUGCAGUUUGUCGGAAACGUACAGAUAUCGUGCAACCACGUCAAUAACAGUUCUCACGUUUACCGCGUCGACCGGCAGACGACUGAAGACCAAGUGCACGAAAACUUACCCCGUAACGAAACGAGAUUCGCGCUGUUAGCCAAUUUCUACACUUGUAACGGCUUCGGGGGAGAAGUAAAUAAAUAUGAAAAUAUCACGGAACCGUGUUCAAUAAUAUCUAUAAUAUAGUGAUGUUACGUAAAUCCAGAUUGUCUGAAAAAACGAAAAAUCCUGAUUUCAGACAAUAAAAUUCGAAAAUAUGGAUUUCGAACAAAUGACGAAAAUUCAAAUUUUUGGAUUUCAUAGUUUGGUUUUUUUUAAAUCUAUUAUAGUAUUUAAGCUACAUUAGUACCUAUAUUAGUAUAUUAGCUAUAUUAGCAAGUAUAUAUUUUAAAUACCUACAUUUUUGGUACAUACAAUUUUACUUAGAUUUUAGAUUUCGGAUUCCGAAAAUUCGAACUAUCGAACUUUCGUUAUAACUGAUUUUUUCUACCACUUUUAUAUAGUAUAUCAUCUAUUAAUCAUAGUAAAACAUCUAUUUUGUUUUGAAAUGGACUGGCGGCGAGCCGACCGACGGUUUGUUCAAAUUAAUAGCUGGUAUCUGACAUUUUUCUACUCUGCAGGUUUUAAGAAUAGUGUGCGAGUCGCGCAAAGGACCAUUAGAUUUUGUGACGUCCGUCAGACAAGCGUUGGCCAAACGUUUCGGUACCGACCCGGUAGGUAAGUCAUUCGUCAUAUAUUAUACACCUAUACAGUGCUCAAGUUGAAAAAAUAAAUGGAAGGAGACAAGAAUAUUUAAAAAAAUUAGCCAUUACAAUGAUUGUGUUCAACUUAACUCGGGGGGGUAAUUAAUAGGGCAGGGAUACGCUAUAAUUUCUGAAAAAAAUGGCUGGGGUAUUCAGUCCUUUUCAAUUCAAGCACUGCAACUGCCUAGUACUUUCAUCAUCAUUAUUAUAGCAAUAUAUUACUUAAUACCUAAUGUAUAUCGUAUUGUAAUUUUUAUUGUUUCAGGUUUGGGAGGAGUGAUUUUAAUUGAAAACGGUACAGUGAAUGUCCACGUCAUGCGUGAUUUUUCAAAAACGCCCAUAAACACUGAAUCUGAGCUGAACAAAUGGCUCAAGUUUUACAAUGUAACCACGCCGUUGGUGGGUCUAGGCUAUCUGGUCUCCAGCGAUCCGGUAUAUAGACAUUAAUUUUAUAGAUCAUAAUUAUCAUGACUGGGACUAUAAAUUUCAAAAUUUACUUUGCAUAAACAAAAACAAAAAAAAAAAAAGAGUAAAUAAUAGAGAAUAAUAUUAAGAAAAUCGUUUUUAUAAAAUUUUGUUUUUACAAAAACUUUAUUUGUAGCUAUAAUAAUUUAAUACCACUUAGAUAUAAAACAAAUUGUUUGCUUUAUAUAUUCACAGGGUUUAACAAACCAUAAUAUUGUAGGUUUCUAAACAAUCACUAAUAUAAAAAAAUAUAAAGCAAAAGUUUCAACAUUGAAUAUUAAACAACAUCUUUAACAGGUUUAUCAGAUAUUCACAGUCCUUGUUAUGGCAUUGUUAUAAAUAUCAUAUUGUGGUCCUUAGUAAUAGAAGUAAAAUUUUUUAGGUUACACCCCUAAAAUGUGUUCUAAUACAUAAAAAAAAUAAGGUGUGUAAAGUUUUUUCACUUGGUCAAGCUUAACACAUACCUUAAAACGGUAUAUUAUUCUAUAAAUAUAUGAAUAUACAUUUAUAUUAAUAUUAAAAUUACAAUUUUUAUCAAAAAAUAUUUUUAUAAUAACUGAGCAAAAUUAGGAAGGGGGGAACAUAGAAAACAGGAAAAUUGUCUAAUUUAAAUUUUGUUUUNAAAAAAAAAAAAAAAAAAAAAUGAAAAUACAAAUUUGGAUAAUUACUUUAUCUUCAUACACAACUAUAUUGUGACAUAUCACUUUAUGCAAAAUCCCAUGAUACAAAUAUUUAAAAUGCCUCAAUAUAAUUCAAAAGCUGCUUGAAUGUUUUGAACAUUGUAUUACAUCAAUAAGAUUAGAAUAAGUAUUCUGUAAAUAUUUCAGAUAUAUACAAGAAUUUUUUACUGAAUUAUGAUAAAAAUAAAAUAUAAUGAAACUAUACAUUUUCCUAUUUUUCUUAAUUAUUAAAAAAUAAAAGGGAAAUCAAAAAAUGAUAGCCUAUAUAUUUAACCAACUAGAUCUACAAAUUAACUAAAAAGGUCUCUCGUAUUUUUUUGAUUGGAGUAAGAUUUACUAUGACUUCAAAAUUUUCUACCUACAAUGGUGGUAUCAGCUCUUUUAGAUUCUGAGCGAAAUGAGGAAUGUAUUAGUUUUACGAUGAUGUUUUAUUAUUAUUAUUUUUUUUUUUUAACCUGUAAACAACUUAGAUAAGUUACCAGUAAGUAGAUACCAGACAUAUUGCUCAGAUUUUCAAGUGUAGUACACUUUCUGAAAGGAAAUUUUAUCUGGGUCCUAACUUUAUUUGGGUAUUUGUUUCGAUUUUCCGAGGGAUUUUUAUAAUAACUGAGCAAAAUUAGGAAGGGGGGAACAUAGAAAACAGGAAAAUUGUCUAAUUUAAAUUUUGUUUUUUGUUGUGAUUCAGUUAGUGUAAUGUAGAAUUUUUUUUCCAUAAGAAUUUUAGUAUCAUAUUUUUUUAAAAUGUAAAUAUUAUGAUCUUUCAAAACAUGUAUAACCAAACUCUGUUUAGAAUCGUUUUUUUGUUAGCAACGAUUAAUCAUUUCAUUCAGAUAUAUAUUAAAUUCCCCGCUAAAUCCUUCCUUCCCAAUGAAAUACCUACAACAGUGGCCCACCCAUCAUGUGAAGUAUUAAUGUCUUUUUUAUUAUUUGUAAUAAUUUGUUUUUGAAGUUAAUUUUCUUCUAGCUUAUUUUAAUUGAACCUCCCGUAUAUUAAAAUUGCAUUUAUUAUUAUGUUUAUUUGCUUAAUAUAUACAACAUACAAAUAAUCUAGUUAUUUGUUUUCUGCCUUUCAGAAUUUGGAUUUAAGGCCACAGCAUUUUCAUUUAUUCAGCCAACAUGGCCUAGGUGGACAUUAUCAUUAUGAUACGGAACCGGCCACUAUCAAGUACACCGCCUAUUUGAAUGUGGCCAAAACAUUGAUCCGGGUUGAUCAACCCGAGCAAGCCAUUUCAUUUGGUAAAGAUUAGCAUCACUGUAAUAAUGUUGUUAUAAGUCAUACUAUUAGAGUUUGUUUCAUAAGUUUAUUAUUCCAUUUUUAUUAUUUGUGAUAUUUCUAAUGUUUGAUUAAUUAUAUUAUUUGUGAACAGUUUUGAAUUUUAUUUUAAUGAGUUUUCUAAA